AUGGCGAGAGUUUGUUAUAACUUAGUGCUACAGACUGUACUUUUCGUUCUUAUUUAUGUUCAAUUGGUCUGCUCUCAAAACGUUGAGCCCCUUCGGACCACAUGUUAUCCAGCGCAGGGCGCAAGAGCUGGCGAGACGACGCUUAUCACAUAUGACUCUCCAAAUCAGCAAUCGCCUGUCACGAUAGGCCUCACCAAAGGAAACGUCGUUCAUAUAAUCACAAGUACCGCAACUGGCGGAUCAUUCAGCUGGGUCCCAGCUCUUGAUCUUGAACCCGCAAACGACUAUGCCCUCACGAUCAACCAAGGCGACCCAGUCAACUAUUCCAGCCAGUUCGCCAUAACUCGGCCAAUCACCACUUCAUCAGUGACUGCGAACACUUCCUCGCCCACCGGUUCCAGCUCAUUGCCAUCGAAUUCAUCUCCUUCCUCCACCGCUGCUCCCGAAGCCGGAGGCAGCGGAGGCUUAAACACCGCUGAGAAAGCCGCAUUAGGCGUCACGAUCCCGACCAGGCGCUGCCAGUAUUACAGGCCACUCCCUGAAUGCAGUCCUUGCUGCUGCUCUCUUGCCAAUACUUCUUAG